AUGGCCACCAGCACCCGCAGACAGCCUUUGAUGUCCAUCCCAAAUGCCACCAAUUCUCCACAUCGAAGCCUGAACUUAAACAACUCUGGCUCGAAGAGAUCUCGUGCUUUGGCAAAUGUAUCACAGCAGGAGAACGAGCCGCCGACCAAACGCCAGGCUAUAGAAAAGUCGACGCGCGAGCCAGUACCCAUCACUCCUCGACGUCAUGAUCAGCAGGAUACAACAGGAGGACAGGUCUUUGAGCGUGGACACGAAAACACACAGAACAAUUUUCAGAAAAGGCUCGUCGCGGCAAGAGACAGGACUGCCACAUCUGCGAAAUCAACCAGGAGCAAUGUUGUCUCAUCCAAGGAAGUCGACUCGGUUCGGCAAUGGCAGAAGCAUUAUCGCAAGUUGUUCCCUGCCUUUCGCUUCUUCUUUGAUGCGGUCCCUGAUGAGCUAAAGACACGUCUCAUCAGACAGGCCGCUCACUUUGGAGCACGCGAGGAAACUUUCUUCUCCAAGAACGUCACUCACAUCAUUAGCACAAGGCAGGCACCUGAUGAAGAUGCUGUAGCAAAGGCUUUCGAAAACGGACACGGUACCAUCAAUCCGUCCAUGCUCGAGAUCAAAAAUGGCAGGUCGACUGUCAGGCGUGAGGUCAACACCAAUGACGUCCUUGUCCGAGGUGUUCAGAUGAAGAUGAAGAUUUGGCCACCUGAUAAGCUGCAGAAAAUCUUGUCUACAUUGCUGGAAGACACACCCGGACAAGAGUCCGUACCGCGCGUCAACAAGGCCACACGCGCUACAAAUGACCUGGUCCAGGUGCUAAAGAACGAGAAGCUUGCUGCCGCUGCGGAGAGAGAGCUAGCAGGGAUUCCAAGAGACCUAGUCACGUUUCGAGGACCCUUCCUGUACGUGCACGAUAUGGACGAAAAGGUCAAGCCCAUCAUGGUCAGAGAAUAUCCCAAGGUGGCUCGCAGACAAGACGGGGAGUGGCCUCAAUUUCGCUCUGCUAGCGUGGGUAAAUGUCCCUUCGUUGAAGACCCGACAAUGAGGAGGGAGGUCGAUCGCGUAAAAGCGCUACAAAAGGCACAGCAACUACAACAGCAGCAGCAGAGGGAAGCACAGCAAGCUGCAGCACGAGUCAAACCACUCUCUACACAACAGACCUUGGUCGAGCCGAAAAUGAACCCUCCUAGGAGAACAAGUCCCAGGAAAGUUCUUCGAGACGUGCCCAACAAUGUGAGCGUCACGCAGCAGCAGCCCACUAAACCACCACCACCUCAAGCACCAGAGCGGCAAUCGUCCUUUCCACCUAUGCCAGAGCAGCCCUCUAUGGAGUUUGUAAAACCAUCUCAGCUCGACCUGAUUCGCGAGCCAUCCGCUUCGGGAAUACAGAGAUCGGCCAUGACUUCAGCAAUUCAAUCACAAAUGAUUUCGUCUGCUGCAGCAACUGGAUUGAAGGCUUCGACCAGUAGGGAAGUCAAUGAGCUCAAACGCAAAGUUCUGGAAAGAACACAUACUGGUAGCUUAUCGGUUGGCUCGAUCUCUUCGCAGGUCGGCGCCUUCGCAGGGGCACUGAAGAGUGCUAGGCCGCCAGCACCGCAACGAGCUGCCAAAAGCAGGGCUCAGGAGAAGCUUGGUGGCAUACAGGAGGAAGAUCCCUGUGUCGAUGAUGCAGCAGCGGAACGAGCCGCGCGUGCCAAUGCUAAGAGGAAGAAGCCAACGAAGCGUGAACCUAAGCCUGGGUACUGUGAGAACUGUCACGACAAGUACGACGACUUUGAGGACCAUGUCAUCUCUCGAAAGCACCGAAAGUUCGCGACGACCCAAUCUAACUGGGAAGAACUUGACGCCUUAUUGGCGCAACUGCAAGGACCGUAA